GAAAACUCCUUGCGGCACUUGGGAGGCAUUGCGGUCGCCAUGCCCCGUUGAUUCAUCCCGCGAGCUCGCCAUGUCGGCAGCCGCAGCUGCGGCAGCGACAACAGGCGGUUCGAAGAAGCGGAAGGCGAUUAACGGUGAUGCUGUUGACGCGGCAGGCCAGCCAGCUGAUGACCACCACCCUCCCACCCCUCAGAUCGGCCGUCAGUCACUCGACAAGGCCAUCGCCGCAGCCAGCGCCGCCCUCCUCGCCAUCGAGAACGCCGCCCGGACUGCCCGCCAGCAGCUGCAGAGCAAAGCCGAGGCCAUCAAAGAGCUGAUUGAGAGCACAGGCGGCAAACUGGAGCUGACGGGCGGCAUCGAGGGGGAGGUGGAGGUCAAUGUGGGCGGCCGGGUGGUGUGUGUGUCGCGCAAGGGGCUGAUGCUGGAUCAGCUCCGCCGCACCUACUUCGCCCAUCUGCUGCUGUACUGCGUGGACGCCCUGCCCCGCGAUGAGGAGGGCCGGGCCUUCCUCGACGCUGAUCCAAACUAUGUGGACUGGUGAGCGGAGGGGGGAAGUUGGUCGUUUGUUCAUUGUGUGUCGUCUCCUUUGUGUGACGAAGACACAUAAAGGUUGUCUUCAUUGAGCUUUGUUUGCUGUCCUUUGCGCUCGUCAGGUUGUCUGACGAGAUCUCCAUGGUUGAGGGUGCUGACUCCUCAGCUGAGGAGCACGAGAUCAAGCUCGACGAUGCACAGAAGGGAGAUCCCAUAUUCGCCUUCUACCACGACCUGUUCCUCACCCAGACCACACUCGAGAUCGACACGCCGUCCGACGACACAGACAUGGACGACAGAGAGGCGGGCGAGGGCAACAAGGAGGGCGGCGACGGCCGGGGGGCGACGGGAAGGGGGCAGGGGAUAGCAACGGAGAGGGCGGCGUGA